AUGGAAGCACUCUCCUUGUCGGCCGUUGACCAUGCCGUUUCAGAGCUGUCAGAGACGAGUGAUGGAGGCCAAAGUGAUGUUCUGAGACUUCUCAUUCGACAGCCACCUGAAAUUCGAGCCAAAGUCCUAGAAAUUCUGGAAGUCAAAGACCUCCUCACACUACGUCGGGUCAAUCAUGCGCUGCAUGAAUUGAUUCACGAACACGAAGCAGGGCUGUGUGCAAGUUAUCGCCGCACUCGACCUCGAACAAUGCCUUCGAUCUCGCCGGUCCACGGUAACGCCAGAGAUCUGAUCUUCUACAUUGAUCUCAAGCAGCAGGACGUCCGCAUGUGGCACCUUGCCCAUGUGCUCGUGGAUUACUAUUACCCUCAGUCGAAUGAGGAAGGCGUGGCGGACAAGGUGCGAGAUCAUGUCACACGAGACAAGAAACGCCUCUCCUUUCGUCAGGUGCUUUUCCGCGCAAUGUUCAUGCUCGAUAAUUUCCUUGAAGCGCUAUGCGUGGUCAUGAAUGACGCCGACGAGGCGUUCAAGGACUGGGAUGACGACACGUACCUGGGAGCAGUCGAUGUCUUCAUGCUCGAUCAACAACAUAUCAUAGAAGAUCUUGCACAGACGCCACAAGACGUCGUCGACAUGCUCGCCGCAUGGAAGUUGUUGCUCGCGAUGUGCGACGCUAAAAAGCUGAAGUUCACUUUGCACGCUCCCCACGUACCCUUUGCCUCGAUCAAACGAAUUGUGUUGUACUGCGGCCUUUCUGUGCUCUCUGAGUUGUUGGAAGGUAGUCAGGAUGUUGCUGUACGUCGAAAUCUCCUGGGCGAAAUGUGUGGUCGAGCAUCGAGGUAUUGGAAUGCUAGGGAUACGACUUCACUGCUCGGGAAUCCGCCUCUCGAUUCCAUUCACCAUCUCGCAGUCGAUCGUCACAGAAUGGCUGGCUAUUGUUCCCGACGAGCGUCCAGAGUCGUGAACAAGUUUGUUGAAACUCAGGAUAUCAUAUCUCAAGCUGCAUUCUCCGUGCUGCAACGGGAGAGCAACAUCAGCGAUCCGGAAGCAGGCACCCAGCCAUCAACAUGGGCGUCGGCGGUACUGAGCGGUGUGUUCGGAAUCACUCUAGCAUGA